CAGCGCGGCCCGCCCAGGUUCUCCGCAGACGGGAAGCGCUUAUGGGUUUCACAGCCUCCCCCAGCAGCUGGGCAGUGGGACCGCUGUGGCUUCGCGCAGGACCACCAAACGACAAAAAGGGCCAAAAAUGUAAAGGAUUAAGCAGCUUUGCCCCGCUUGUUGAAAGUAUGUGUGCUUUGGAAGCCUUUAAAAAAUGAAGAAAGAAAGGAAGGAAACAAUGCGUAAAGUUGCAGCUGCGCACCACCGACGUUCAUUAAUCUGUGCGUAAAAGUGAGAGACACUGAGGGGAGAAGUAAAACUUCGGCGGGGGAUUUUUAUUUCUUCCAGCGAAAUGGAUGCGAAAGGCUGAGAAGGAAGGAAGGAAUUAUUAUUAUUAUUAUUAUUAUUAUUGUUGUUGUUGUUGUUAUUAUUUACUCUGAUGUGGAGCGUUAAAGCUGCUAAAAGGGACACGCUCUGUGAAUCUGUCCGGUAUGCAGACUUGAGGUAAAAAGUAGGACAUCGCCGCUCUACAACUUUUUCCUGCCAUGCAUCUGUUAUGAUCGACCUCAGCUCUUAGGCUCUCUGAUGCCACAGCUCCAGCGGAGUCUGGAGUCACCUUUUACCGCUUACACCCAGCAGUCUGCCUCUCACCAUCACUAUCGGCAUGGACGAAAGCGUUGAGAACUUAGCUGGCAACAGCUGCGCGGACGCGGAGAGCGUCGGCCUCAGCGUGCUCAACUGGGAGCAAGUGCAGCGGCUGGACGCAAUCCUCACGGGCUCAAUACCCAUCCACGGCCGGUGGAGCUUCCCCACUCUGGAGGUGAAGCCGCGGGACAUCGUUAAUGUUGUCCGUAGCCGCAUGGAGGAGAAGCGGAUACAUGUCCGGGAGGUGCGCCUGAACGGAUCCGCGGCCAGCUACGUCUUGCAUGAGGAUAGCGGUCUGGGAUGGAAAGAUUUGGACUUAAUAUUCUGCGCGGACCUGAAGGGAGAGUUGGAGUUUCAGUUAGUAAAAGAGUUGGUCUUGGACUCACUUCUGGACUUCCUGCCUGAAGGGGUAAAUAAAGAGAAGAUCACACCUCUGACCUUAAAGGAAGCUUAUGUUCAGAAGAUGGUGAAGGUUUGCAAUGACUCAGACCGCUGGAGUCUUAUCUCGCUCUCCAACAACCACGGCAAAAACGUGGAGCUGAAGUUCGUGGACUCUCUCCGCCGGCAGUUUGAGUUCAGCGUGGACUCCUUCCAGAUCCGCCUGGACUCCCUCCUCCUCUUCUACGAGUGCUCCGAACACGCCAUGGCCGCCACCUUCCAUCCGACGAUCAUCGGCGAGAGCGUCUACGGAGAUUUCCCCACUGCACUCGAUCACCUGCGGAAGCGGCUCAUCUGCACCCGGAGCCCCGAGGAGAUCCGGGGAGGCGGCCUCCUCAAGUACUGCCACCUGCUGGUGCGGGGUUUCCGCGCGGCGUCCGACGCGGAGAUGAAACUGCUGCAGCGGUACAUGUGCUCCCGCUUCUUCAUAGAUUUCCCCGACGUGGGUGAGCAGCGGAGGAAGCUGGAGUCCUACUUGCAGAACCACUUUGUGGACCUGGAGGAGAGGAAGUAUGACUAUUUGGCCACGCUGUAUGACGUGGUCAGGGAGAGCACGGUGUGCUUGAUGGGACACGAGAGGCGUCAGACGCUCAGCCUCAUCUCGUCGCUGGCACUCCGAGUCCUGGCUGAGCAGAACGCCAUUCUCAACGCUGCCAAUGUAACCUGCUUCUACCAGCCGGCUCCUUAUGUGUCAGACGGCAACUUCAGCAACUACUAUGUAGCGCAGGUUCAGCCGAUCUACUCUUGUCCACUUUCACCUUCCCAGCAGUACUUUACUCCUUUGCAGCAUUCCUGGUACGCCACCUGGAUGCCCUGUAACUAAACUUUCCGGUUGCCCAUGUAGUUUUGUGGAACUCAUGUCUGUAUGACAAGAAUGCAUCUUCUUGUCUUUAGUAUGAAACGAAGCUGUUCCCUGGGUCAGGGUGCACAGAGAGAGAGAGGACUUCAAACUGAUUGGUUUGUGGGUUUGGUAGAUCAAAUGUCUGUAGAGCCACGAAACCCUUCAAGGUAUGAUAACUUUGUUAAGUUUCCACAGCUUACAGGAAGUUACAUGCACAUCUGAGCACUAAAAACCCCAGAAUAUUCACCUUAUUGAAACUAAGGGCAUCAGAAUAGCCUGGUGAAAAUAUGGAUUCAUUCACACUGUUUCUUCUGCUCUGUGCAUGCGUUGGUGUGUUUGCAUGCGAGUGUGUCUGUUAGUGUGUGUAAGUCUUUACGCAGGCAAUGCAAAAAAGAGGAACUGGGUACUGUUUACAAAUCCAAAGAUCUGCUUUAAUGCUCAAGUUUUCUAAAAUUUACGCAGUAAAAAAAAAAAAUAAUAAUAAUCAACAAAGCAAUGCAUGUUUUAUUUCUGUGCAGGAAUUGUUUUAAAGUGCCUAUACCAAGCCAAAAAAAAAAAAAAAAAAAAAACAUUUUUAGGAUUCAUCAAUAUAGAAAAGUAUCUUGAACUUAACUUGAUACUGAAUGUAUUUGUGGAAUUGAAAAACAUUCUCAAGGCUGAGUCAGGUCUCUUACACUGAGGGAGCUUUGGGAGCAACCCCCUUUUUUUAAACAAGGAGUUUCUGAAGACUCUGCUCAUCAGCACUUCUGCAGUGCAAUUGUGUUGUGAUUACCAAAGAGGAAGUAACAUCAUAAUCUCAUUUUCUACAGAAGUCGCUUGACGGGGGGAUGAGGGCAGGUUGGAUCAAAAUCUUAAAUAGAUUUCUAUAAAUGAUAGCCGAAAGGAAGAGGCUUUAAUGCGAAACAGCAAAUAUGAGACAACAUAAUAAGUAUCUAAAUUAAAAGGAAAGUGGAUUAAUGCAUGUAAACAAAAGGGAUAUGAUUUAAUUGCUUUGUAAGAGACAUAAAAUGGUACAAUAAGAAACACAUGCCCAUUUAGUAUAACUUUCAUCAGUGCACUUCUCUUAUUUUUGCUCUGUAAUGAGAAUGCAUUUAAAUAAGUCAACAUGGUGGUAUUUUUACAAUGCAAAAAGUAAAUGACAGUGAAUGUUUACAUGUAUGUAAAGGUACAGCUGGAUAACCAAAAUGUUUUAAAAUAGCAGUCAAGCAAAAGAUCUGAAACUAACUAAUACGAUACACUUUCCAAGCAUGAUUUAACAGGAGACAAAGCAAAUGAGGCAGAGCCAUAUAAAAUUACACUGGAAAGUUGUGAAAACAUUGUGAGUUUCUACAAUCACAUUUAAAAUAUUUUCUCCCAAUAUUUAGCAGUAAAUGACUACAAGUAUUGAACAAUUUAGUACCAUGGGACAUUUGUUGCACUUGAUCAUCUCAGUACAUCUGGCUCUCAGGAACAAUCUGCAGACAGAAAAUACAAAAAAAACAAACAAAAAAAAAAACUAUUUUUUAUAUCAAUCAGUGGAACAAGUUCAGAGGCAAAAAUGCUUCUCACCAGACAGCAAAGUUUAAGGAACUGCAUUUAUUCUGCCAUAUAGAAAGUAUUCAUUUAAGUCAUUUUUUACCUGAAUUGUGUUUUGUAACUGGCACUAUCUCACUGAGACAGUUUCUCAAAGGCCAACUACAAAUUCAUAUUUGAAAAAUCAGUUGCAAAUUUCAUAAUGCAUCUCUCUCUCUUUUUGGCAGUACAGCUACCACUGAAUACAGGCAGUCUCAUAAGCACAAAUGCUUCUCUUAAUAAAACCUGCCCAUUACUAAAAAGGUAAAUUCAGUGCAGUAGUUACACAAAGGUACUGCAGUUGUACUGCUGCUAACACACAAUAGUUACUGAAACAUAUUAUUAAAUAUCAAAGAACCAAUGUAGAAAAAAACUGUCCAGAAAGCAACAGUAAUAUUCUUUUUGAUUCUGCCUGGUUAUAGGGUUUGGCAACAUAAUCACAGACAGACAGAUAGACAGGCAGCCAGACAGAGAUCAUAGGUGAUCUUGCAAAGAUCGAGAGCAGGAUUUGAAGAAAUGGUCUGCGUAUGUAAACUAGCAACUUCAUAAGCUUCACUGCUAAGUAGAGAGGUAAAAAUAAAUUCCUGAUUAAAGGAACAAUCCUGUUUCCUUUUAAGUGUAUGUUUACGUUUUCUCCUGGAGACAAUUUUUGCCUCCUGGCUUGUUUUUCCACCGACUUAACCUUAUGAACUGAGGUAAAACAAAGAUUAAAAUGGCCCCAUGACAUAUGAAUGCACUGAAAAAGACAAAGAAGAGUCAGGAUUUGAGGGCUUUAGCUGAAGAAGAGGAUGUUUGAUGAGUGAAAAAAGCGCGUAGCACGCUCAGUGACGCGGAUAUUUCAACGGAAACAACUGGCUUUGGUCCUGUGCUGGAUUUGUCUGACUCUCAUGAGAAAAACACAUAUGCAGACAUUCAAAAUUUUAAAAAGCACUCUGCAAAUUAUCCAAUACAUGUCAGAUCUCCUAUUUUUAUAUGUUGCGAUCUCUAUUUUUGUACAGAACGUGUCGGGGCUGGUGUAGCAGGCCGUGUGAUGUAUGUUUUUUUUGUGUAAGUUUUACUUCAGCUGAUGAAGAGCAGCACAGCUGAUUGGAGGUUUUAUUGAAUUAAAGUACAUGUUUUGUUGUAUUCAGGUGUGUGUGUGUGUGUGUGUGUGUGCGCGCGCUCUGAGGUCUUGUGGAUUUGUGCUGUUCAGACAAAACUGAUGAUCUGACAGCUGUUCAGGUGUCAAGUUGAUUGACUUGAUAAAUAAAAUCAGAAACAUCAAAAA